AUGCUGAAAAUUUUAGAACUGGUGUGUAAAAAUAUUCACCGUGGAAAUGUUAAAUUCAAUGCUGAUCCUAGCAAUUUCAUUGCCUCUCAGCAGUACGAUUUCUUCAUGAAUCGUAUUAUUUUUUCUUCCGAGUUGUUUCUUUUUCUCAGCCAAUGAAAAUGAAAGCCAAAAGCAAAACAACCAAUCAGAUUACAGAUUUCUGUAAUGCAAUAAUUCACAAAUCAGUUUUUUUUCUCUAUUGUUACAACUACAUCAAUACAAUUUUGAUACAGACCAAAGUCCUGUAUUCAGCAGUCAAGUACAUUGAGUCUUCAAACUGGCCGUAUCUGUUGUGGCAUUUUUAACACAUUUGAAGGCAAUUUUUGAACGACAAUACCACUCUUUGGAAUCUUAAUCAUAUAUGCAUAAUAAUGGUGGAGAUAUAAAUCACAAAUUUUGUGAAACUCACCUCUGCCAUAAGAAGGAGUCUGUUUGAAUUUUACUGGAAAAGAGGCUCAAAUAGAGAAUGAGCGAAAUUCAAUGAGGAGGUGAAUUAGCAGCCUGUGUAACUGAAGGUUUUGUAGAGGUCUUCGGCGACGGAGCUGCGAUUGGAAUGGAAGCUUUUUUUUCUUUCACGGCCACCACCUUCAUUUUCCCUGAAUGCCCAAAAUACACCUGUUACGCCGACUAAAAAUGAUAAUUUUCAAGCAGCACUGUAUGGUUUUAUUACCUGAGCACAACUCAAUCUUGAACCUCAAAGGGCGGAAUCUAUCGAAGACAUCAAAUUGGUUCGCUUGUCUUGAAUCCAGCAAAUUAACGCAACGAUUCUUUUUUUUUUUUUCUGUUAUAAAUCAUGCUUUCUUAAUUUCAGGCCCUUCUGUCAGCCGCUGUCGCAUGUACUGCUCAGUACCACAAGGAUGCAGAUAUAUCAAACCUGCCUGAGUGGCAAACAAACAGGUUAAGCCUGUUCUAUGUAGUGUUUAUCACCGGUCUUGUGACUGCUAUUUUCCUGUUUGUCAGCUUUCUGUUUAACUUGGAUAAGAGAUGUGGAUCACCAAAAGGAUUUACAUUUUUUGUAAGUACUUAAAUCCAUUUUGUUGUGGGACACAGGCUGUGAAAUGGGUAGCAUACUUUAUGCCUUAACAGAAGGUGCGGGCUAUGACAAAGGACUAUUGUGCUGAGUUCCUAGGUAAGAAACUCAAUUCUCACUAUGCUCCUCUCCAAUUCGGAGAACAGACGACUACCAAAGGAUUUUCGGGGAGAUACGACGAAAUACCGGGUUUAAAUUUGAUGGCCUGGCAUCCAACUUAAGGGAGUAGAGUUGCCCAUGGUCUUUUCAUGCAACAGAAACCGGCAGCAACCAUUCGACAGCUAUGCUUUAUAAUAAUAAUAAUAAUAAUAAUAAUAAUAAUAAUAAUAAUACUUAUAUAGCGCCGAUAUCAAUACUGCCAUUUUCAUCAGCUUGCGGGUGGGUUUCCUUUUACUCUGACUCUUUCACUUCCAUUAAUGACCUAAGAGGAAUUUUGUCGUUCAUUGUAAAGCACAGAGAUGGCGAGAAGAAAUAGAAAUAUUAACAAGGGAUUUUGUUCCAUUUGAUACUCAUUUCUCAAAUCUUGAAGUGUAAGAAAUGCGUCGCAGCUAGCGCGAAGAAUCAAUACCUAUAUCUUGGUAUUGAUGGGGUAAGAUAGGUGAGGGCUAACAGGGGACAACUGUUUGGGCGGUGCUUCCAGCCUGUGCGAGCUAAACGCAAAUUGUUUCUUUAAUUAAAACAAAAUGGAUGCGGUUCAUUUUACAGGCUAAACAUCUUCAUUUCUGUCGAUUUUUAAUCUGACUAUACGAAAAGUACUAAGUUUCUCGAGACAGUUUCCAAGCGUGUCGAUGGCCUAAUAAAGUUUAUAUAAAAACAUAUCCGAGCCAUCCUCUGGAUCUGCCACUGAAAUGUCUGUGCCGACUAACUAAAGUAUUCUCGACCUUGAAUAAAUCCUUAAUAUAUUCUUAAUGUUUUGCUGCUUUUAAGGUGACCUUGUUCUCACUGACCUGGGCUGUAUUCUGUGCUGUUUCGUCAGGACUGUUCGGUGAAGUGGUGCUCAGUCUUCAGGAAGACAAAUGGGAUACAUCAAAGAAUGAGCGCAUUCAGUGGCGCUACCAACAUGCUCAAGCAGCUGUGGUA